UCUCUCUUCGUGUUUCUCUCCUUUCUCUCCCUCUCUUCGCCAGCGCCGCUGUGCCCUAGCCGCUCCUCUAAGAUCGAUUGAAGGAUAAUCAUGAGUUUGGGUUGAUAGUUCUAGCUAUGGAUGUUGUUGGUAAAGAUGCUAGUGUCGAGCCUUCUAAUGCAAAUGAUGAUUCUUUAUACAACAAGGUUCUGGUUUCAUCGAGAGGGCAACAAGAUUCUGGUGAGCUUUGUUGGAAAUGAUGCUAGUGUUGAGCCUUCUAAUGCAAAUGAUGAACCUUCUAAUGCAAAUGAUGAACCUUCUAAUUCUGGGUUUCAUCGAGAUGGUAGCAAGAUUUCCGUGCUUCAGUGGGGCAAUUUCGGUGAAAUGAUGAACCUGUUUGCUGUUCCUAAUCAGCAGAAUCCGUUCUUGUGGGGCAUGGGUGUGGUUCACUCGCAGAGACAUGAAAUGAACAUGGCCGAGUUGUCCAAAGAGGAAGGUCUCUUUCUGGAGAAAAAGGGGCUAAAGGGAGUCUUUUCAAGAAUGAGAAGAGGAACGAGAGUUUACAUGAUGAGGCUAAACAGGUAGCUGGGGUGUCGGGUAAUGACUCUGAUGAGGCUGAGUGUAGUGGUCGUAGCCCUCAAGAGGAGGUGGCGUGCCUGACGGGGGAGUCUCUCGGUGAAGGGCUUGAAUCUAAGAAGAGGAAGACAAAAGGGGGGUAGGUUUUGAUAUUGUAUGUUGUUUGUAAUUUGGUUCAGUUGUGUUUGCAUCGACUUAUUCAAAUAAGUGAUUCAAAAAAUAAUCUUUUUUGUUAU